CUUCUCCCUCGUGAUAUAAAGGGGCGGACAAAGUGGUGGUAGCGAAUGUGUUUGUGCCUGUGGCUGUCUGUGGAUUGAAAUGGGUAUAUCGCGGGUUUGGGGGCAGGUUGUGGGGUAAAGGGAGAGGGAGUAGUGGUGGGAUAGUGGUGAUGUCGUGGGUCUGAGCUGUGGUUGGUUAGUGGUUUGAGGGAGGACUGGAUGGGUAUGGCGGGUAUUUUGUGGAGAGGGACGAUGGCGUUUAGAGGUAUAUUGGGGUUUAGGCGAGAGGUUGUAAGAGAGAGGGUUGAGACGGUAUGUUGCGCUUUUUGUGUCAUUUGAGGAGGAUUGGGUAGGUAUGUCGAGGAGAGGGAGGAUGAGGAUCGUUUGUCUUUGUGCAGAAGGAGUCCAGUGGUGGCCGCAGAUGUAUAGUGAUGCUGUUUUCCUGGAGGUUGACUUUGGUAGUAAAUUGUUUGCUUCCGCGACUCUGCAUGAGUUGGAAGCACUUCUUUCUUCUGCCCAUUCGAGCCGCUACGUAAUCCAAAUUCUUCGAUCUACAAUGGGUCUCAAACUUGAAGUGUGCGGCGAUGCUGACAUGACACGUACUUUUGCCAUCAUGAGCGAGGCAUUCGGUCAUGAACACCCCUAUAUCGAUGCUGCAUUCCCUGAACACGACACGCCCGCCGGCCGCGCUUCUGGAGGAAACCGAAUGCUCGCUAUCAAACACGCUGAUCCCAACACUACUUUCCUCAAAGUCACCGACAUUGACACGGGACUAAUGAUCGCUCAGGCCAAAUGGAACAUCUACAAGAAUACCAUCCCACCAGAGCUUGAUCUGGAUGGCGAUUUCUGGGAGAACGAUGAAGAGAAAGAAUACGCCCAACUCUUGUGCAGGGAGUAUCUCAUACCCCGCAGAAGAGCAAUCAAGGCGUCUGGCGGCAAUUUGUUAUCACUCGAUCUCCUCACGGUAGAUCCUCAAUACCAACGUCGCGGCGCUGGCCGGCUUCUCGUCAAAUGGGGAACUGCUCUUGCAGAUGAACUUGGUUUUAUGGCUGUAGUUGAAGCAACUGAGCAGGGACGUGGUCUCUAUGAGUCGGAAGGAUUUAAGGCCAUCGAUCACUGGCAGACGAGACUUCCUGAGAAGUGGGCAGGCAGGGGCAAGCAAGGUUUCUUGUGGAUGGUAAGGCCAGCAAAGAAGUUGUGA